AUGCGACAAUCAGCUGUGGUGGAGAUGUCGCCGAGACAUCCGAUGAGUUUGACCUUAAAAUCUAUCCAAUUGCACUAAAAACUCUGUUUUGUAGAAAGGCAGAACGCCGGGAACAGAGCCUUGGACGAGUCUACUAUUGCCAAAAAAUAAUCCGAAUGACGACAUUUUUAAUACGAUUGGACAUUUUUGAAAAAAAAGUGCUAAAAACGGCUGGGCGAACUGAAAGUGAUGGAUCGACUCGUUCUGCGUCGACGGAAAGCAAAACACGACCUUCAAAAAAGGUUGCAGGCGUGAAAAGUUGUAGGAUAGGGCCAUUAGCGAUCUAAUCUAUCUUUUUUAUUUUGAGAAACUCUUUCAGAGUUUUUAUUUUUUUAGCUGUUGUAUUUUAAGAAUAAAAUUUCCCGGAAGACACAUUUGUUCGUUUUACCCCUUCUCCUCCUUUCUUGAAGACUCGCCCAGAUCGGCAUAAUACAUCUUGGGAUAAACGAGCAGAAGUAAUUUGGAACACCGUUUUUUGAAAGGAGCCUUUGCUUAAACUAAGGAUAUUCAUUUUUUAAAAACAGAAAAUAGUUUUGGAUCACAAUGAUAUAAACGGCGUCUAGUUCGGCCGAACUGUGCUGCAGCUGCUCUCAAAAACUAGAUAGAAAAAUGCUGCUUCAUACAUCGAGUUUGGUCUUUUCAUUCUAAGUUUUUAGUUUCACUUACAAUUUUUUUUUGGUAAAAAUUCUAGCUUUUCCUAAUAAAGCAUUAUGCCGUGUUCAAAUUUGAACAAGUAAUUUCCGCGAAAUGCGAAAUUGUCUCUGACACUCCAAAAUUUAGUUAUCUUUCUCUUUCUCUGACGGCUAUUUUGAAUUUCGCGGAAUCACUUUGAACACGGCAUUAAAAUCGAAAUAUUCACUUUUUUUCUUUCUUUGUGUGAGAAGAAGCUUGUUUGUUUAUGAACAAGUUUCAACUGAACGCAAGCUUCUCCGAGCGCUCGUUCAAUCUCAAAAUUAUUUGUUUUUGUUUCGACGUGUUUUUCUUUACAGUUUGUGUGAAUACCCUUUGCUUCUAAAUUUGAGAUAAACUACUGAAAAGGUUUUUUUUUUCUUUCCCUAUUAACGCCUGUUCAAGGUGGUUGGUUGUGUUAUGGUAAUUGAGAAUCUUUUUUUUUGGGAAUGGCUUAUUUAUCCGUAGACGAAUCGAAAUCAGGUAAUAGAACUAUACCGAGCAUAUACCUCAAAACGGAUCGGGAUGGUAUAAUAAAACUUCAUCGUCCUAGCUCCUGUAUAUGCUUCAGACCUAUCGGAGCUCUACCGCUAGUGCUGAAUGGUAUACCGCAAGCCUGUCGCAAUUUCCUCAAAUUUUGCAAGGUUUGGACCGUGGUACAUACCACCGUUAGGAUUCGCACCCUUCGAUAGACUAUUGACUAUCGCGAUACCCUUGCCCGAUUCGUGUGUCGAGACGUGGAUUCUCUUAACACUUCCAGAAAGGGGUUCUUAAAAAAAAUUGAAAAAAGGACGCUAAGAAUAACUGCCGAGAUAACCGCGAGACGCUGGCGGUACAUUGACAAACUCGCAAACAUGUCGCUUUUUCCUAGGCGUGACCUCGCAUUUCGAAAAUUUUCAAAUUGCGAGAGAAAUGCGAGCUCGUGCCCAGAAAAAUGCGAGACCGGCGCGAGGACAGAGCGAGAUGAGGAAAUUUCUAAUUUUGGAGAGUCAGAGACCAUUUUACAUUUCGCGAAAAUUACUUUGAACGGCGUAAGAAAUUUCGAAAUUUUUUACGUAUCUUUUGGACAGUGCUACGGUCAAUAUUGCGCCAUCCGUGGAGCCAGGAAACUUUUUAUUGAUUUUUCUUUUCUGCAACUUGUUAAGGACACAUUUAUCGAGGUUUCAAGAUAAGUUACGUCAAAAAAAGUGCACAAAAUUUAAUUUUAUUACUGAAAAACCUAUCUGAACUACCGUAGUACGACCGGCCGCCUUAAACAGGCGUUCAACAGGCGUAAACAGAAAAUUUUCCGAACUAAAAAUCAGAGUUAUGAUAUCAGUUGUGUGGACCUACCUUACUUCGUAUUAAAAAUUAUACUUCUAUUGAAUCUAAUUUUUGAAAUGAUGGUCGCUUAGGGAAUAGUUCUUAUAGUUUGGUCCCAAGCUAGCAUGGAAUGGAAUUUAUUAUGAUGAAUUUACACAACAAGUUUUCGAGAAUCAAAAGUUAGAUGCUUGAGGCAUUUUAUCGUAGUUUCAUUGCAUGACUCAGGGCCAGACGCACGUGGCGUAGGAUAUUUGGAGGAUUUCGCCCCUGGACACGAGAUGAGACGAAUUUGGGAGGCCAAAUCGUCAUGGCAACGUGGCAAACUUCGGAGGCGAAAAGUCCGCCUUGAGCUCGUCCUUAGUCGUCAUGAUUACCCCGCCAUUCAACGCCUUUUGAUCGCUUUUUCAAUAGGUACGUAAUCCUCUUUUUUUCCCUUUUGCUUCUAUUCUUUUUUCGAAUGUUUAGUGCUUCAGUUAGCCUUCAGCAUGUUCAGGUUGUCCCUUUUUCGCUUUUUUUUUGUUGAUUUUUUGAUGUUAAAAGUAUGGCUUCCAAGGACUCCUAGGAAAGUCAGGAGGACUACACAAAUGACAGAAUAUAAGGUGUUUGCCGGAUUCAUUGAUGCGGAAGCCUCUGAAAGAAGUGGGCAAGGGCGAAAACUUCUUUUCACUAUUGUUUCAGAGCGAAAAAAACGUUGUCAUUAGUGCUUUUUUUGCUGAGGUGAAACUUUAUUUUUUUAUUUUUUUCUAUAUGAAUAGUUUCAUAUUCAAUUAAAAGCCGAUUCUACGUAAGUUUUUUUGAAUAAAAGCUGCAGCAGUAGUAAUAAUAAAUUUUCUAAAACACUGAACUAAAAAAAGUUUUUUUCAAACCAAGAUCUUUUUGAUUUGUUCACAGAUCAGAGAAAAAACUGGAUAUUGAAAUGUUAAAAACAAUAGCCUAAUAACUUUUCCAUUUCACAGAAAAGUCAAAAUAAGCCAUUAAGAAUACGCGGACACAACUUCAAAACAGCAGGUGCUAACGAAAAAUAGGCCAAUGAUUGAAAUAUGUUCAUUUUUUGAUACUUAUUCGGCUUCUUAUUUUCGAGUUUUUCAGGUCCUACGCCAGAAGCCUCGCUUCGAAUAUGUCUCUGAUCCGGGCCCUUGACAAGCUCGACAGAGAUGAAACUGCGCGAAUCCUCGAGACCAUGCCGGUUCGUCUGUUUUGAAUAAACAUAUUUUGUGAGUCGGGAAAAGUUAUUAGGAAAAAUUCGAAAAAACGUGAAAUCAUUAAGUCGAGAAGAAACAAACUGUGAAUCUCAAAAGAGCUUAGGGUCACAGUGUUUGCAGCGAGUUUUCAGAUUCAUACUUAACAAUGCUCCUUUUCUGUUUCUGAUUUCGAAUCUGUGCUUGAAAAUUGAAAAAAAAAAUCUCUGGGAAAAGUAUGGUCGCUAAAAAAAAACUUGACUCAACUUGACAGAACGAAACAAUAUUUCAAACAAAAACCAAAGAGAAGAAGUGAAUUGCAGUCGGAAGUAAGCGUCCGGGACGAAGAAGACCGCGUCGCCCUGCACUACGCCGCCGAAGUCUGUGACUUGGAAACUUUCCAACGAAUUUUCAAUGAAAAUCCUACCUUGUUAGAUGUGACGGAUAAAAAUGGGUCAGCAGUAUACUUUUGCUAGGAGUAAAUAAAGUGAAUUUGAAGACACACUCCGUUACUAAACGCGCUGAUGGCUGGUCGCAUUGAUAUCGCCGAGUUUCUGACUUCAAAAGGGGCCAACGUCCAUCAAAUUGACAAAGAGGGGCAUAAUGCUGUUCAUUGGACGGCCGUCUGUGGACAGGUAACCAAAAACAUCUUCCAUUCAUUCACGAGUUCUCCAGGUGGAAGCCCUCAACUGGGCUGUUUCCAAGGGCGUCGAAGUGAAUGCUCACGAUUCAACGGUUUUCGGGUCAAGUUAUUUUCUUUCAACAAAGUCUUUCAGCAGAAUGCUUGUCCACUUCAUUACGCAACGGUGGCGGAUGAAGUUCCAGCGGAACUUGCGCUGUCCGUUUUGGUGACUCUUUUGAAACACGGGGCCAACGCGAAUUGUAAGGACAAGGACGAACGGACCCCCAUUCUCUGGUGUGCGAGCAAUGGUGAGGGGAGGAAGGAGCCGAAUGAGUGGAAAGUCUCAGGAAAUGUCCAGGCGAUGAACACUCUGAAACAAGCCGGCGGCGACAUGUUGGCCAAGGACCGCGACCAUCUCGGCGCUCUGCACUGCGCUGCCAGCCAUGGGUAUCACGAGGUUCAUUUUGAAAAAGAAAUAUAGAAUUUCCAUAUUUUGAACUCAAAAAAAUUAGACGAAACUAGACUUAUAGAAUGCGUCAGAGUUACGGAAACAUCUCACAAAAAAACAUAAAUUUCGAUUGAGCGACAAUUUCUCUUUAAGAAUAGGUUUUCAAAGUUUUAACUAGACCUUCUGAUGUCCCUUCUUUUACUGCGUUCAGUUGCAAAGAAAGCAAAUUUUUCAUAAAAAAAUUUAAAAAAAGUGAAUCCUUGAAGAUUUAGACAGAAAUCGCAAUCAGGAAACAGCUAGUCUCACCAGAAAACCGUCAGAUUUUUUUCAAAAAGCUUUAAAAAAAGAUUUAGAAAGCCUUUAAAAAAUCUUUCAGGUGAUAGAACUGGUCAUGAACAGCAUCUCUGCGAAGCAUGUCGACGAAGAAGACCGAGCCGGCCACACGGCGCUCUUUUAUGCCGUCACCUUUGGUCAUUACGAAUCCGCCCUCAAACUUCUUCAAUAUGGCGCCAAUCCAAAUCACCAAGUCAGAUUUCCAGAACAAGACUUCCCUUCAAAUUGAAAAUGAUAGGAUCACCGACUGCGGACCCCGUGUCAUUGUGCCGCUGCGAAGGGCCAGAUGAGAAUGCUGAAACUUCUGAGACAACACAACGCCUCCUUCGAAAUCCAGAACUACAGAGGCGACAUGUCUUUCCAUGAAGCCGUGCAGACCGGCAGCAAAGGUUGCGAAACAGAGAGUCAGCCCCGAUAAAUGAAGAACAUCAGACGUCGUCGAAUGGCUUCUCGCCAUGGAUCCUUCAACUCUGGAUGCGCCCAACCACCAAGGAAGAACUGCUCUUCAUCUCGCUGCCGCGUCUGGUUUUUCUCUCGGAGUUUGAAAAUAUUUCUGACGAGCCGUCUUUCAGGAAAUCUCGAAAUGGUCAUAUUUCUCUGUUCGAAAAAAUGCUUCGUUGAUCCGUUGAUGCUCUACAAAGUAAGUUUCAGUUCCUCAAGUUUUCACUAUUUUCAUCUUUUUUUUCCAGGAUGUCAUAUAUACACCUCUAGAUAUUGCCAAGAAACAGAAACAUGAGGUAAGGGGAAUCCCCGAAUUAGGAUGUUUCAAGUGAACUAAGGUGAUCGUGGAGUAUCUAACUCAGCAGUUCAACGCGCAGUCAAGCGAUCAAAUGGAGCCCGAAACCGUCCAAAAGUGGCGUCUUUCAUUCGAAGAGCAGAUAGUGCAAGGUGAGCUUUGAGAUGGAAUCAGAACGUGUAAGUUUCAAUUUUCAGCCAAACUCGACCGAGUGAAAAGAAUCGCGGAAUCACAUAAACUGGCUGAAGAAGAAGAAAACCCCAAAAAACGGAGUAUCAUUUCAGAAAAAGCUGUGAAGAUCGACGCCGCUGUGAAUACUUCAGUAGGAUUUCUUUCUCAGUUAUUUCGUUUGAGUUGAAAAUUUAGAGCCGACAACUGAGCUCAGCCGGUUCAAGUGUUAGAGUCGCUCUCACCAAAGCAACUUCCACUACUCAGUUGGAAGAAGUCAAAGAGCCUCUCGAGGUAUCUCUCAAUACAUGAUUCGCCUUUGGAAAAAAAUCAUUUUCAGAAGAAAGUUGUGGUCAAUGAAGAGAAAGCAAAACUUUUCAACGUCGAUGAAGACUUUGAGGUUUCAGAGCUUAAAAAAUCAGUUGAAGUCGAUUUUUAGAACUUGCCUGCGAUUUCCGAUGAAAGCGAGUACGAAACUGAGAAAGAAGAAGAAGAAGAAGAAGAAGCAGGAGAAGAGGGGGACGUUGACCAGAAGGUGAUGGACAAGGAGAAUAUCAAACGUCGUUCGAAGAGCCUUCCGAAGUUGAAUUCUGGAAAGGAGAAGGCGGGAGAUGGAUCUAAGAAGAAGGAUACGGUGAGCAACAAAAAGCGAGUUGAAUUAUCAAUCUCCUCCGACAAAGUCAAAAAAAAUGUCAAAACUUGAGGGAAGAAAUUUUCAUCAAAGGCUACAUAUUAAUUUUUUUUUGGACUGGCCGGUACACUGACCAAGUUUACGAUGCUCAACUGAAAUCAAAAUAUUUUCUGUAAUUCAUCUGAAAAAUGAUUAUUUUUCAGAAAACUAAAGUAAUGAUGAGGGUACGGAGAGAACCCGAGUUCGGGAACGACGUCGGGGAAUUCGAAAUCUACGAAGACGACUGGGAGCAAGUUCCCAACGUGAAAAGAGCCGUCGGUCAGCUUUUCCCAAACUUCCGAUAUUUUCAGAUAGUUACAGGCAAAGACGCGAACCGGAAAUACAUCCACGAAAAGGCGAUUUUCCAAGAACUGACGCAUCUGAAACGAAUGCAGAUUCAGUACGGGAAAGUUCAAGAAAGGAUUUUGGUUCGGUCGCUUGUCGCGAACUUCUGCAAGAUGCACGGCUUGGAUCCGGCCAACUUCAAGUUCCACACUUUUUACGCUUGGGAGAAAUUCCUUUACGGCAAGUAUUCAUUUCUAGAUGACUUGCGAGAAAUGGUGGCGCAGUUUGGAAGGUUUCAUCUUUAUUCGAGAAAAAAAAAUAGAGAAAUGAAAUUUUGAAGUGGCUGCAUAGCAGAUUUUUGAUUAUUGGCUCAAUUUCUCUCAGAAAGUCGUAGAUCAAGUUUUUUUUCGCUAGUUACGUUUUGCAUACCAAAUAAACAAUCCUCCGUUUUCCAAGAUCUGUAUUUUUUUUCUUUCAAACUAACGAAUCGAUAGUUUUUUUCAGAUUUUUGGGUACUUUAUAUUUUAUUUUCUAUCAGAAAAAAAGAAAAAAAUUGGCGGUUUCAGAAUAAAUUGUUUUUCAAACUAAAAGAAAAAAAUGCAAAUUUGUGCCAGAAGUACUUCGUAGCGUCGUCGUAAAUCUACGCGAAAGCCAAAAAGUCGUUCGCCUUUAAAUUUAUUUUUCGUAAUUUCCUAUCAAAGCAAUGAGAUUAAGGAAACUUUGCAGAAGCAGUUCCAUUUCUUCCAUUUUGAAAAUCAUUUUUCUUUACCAAAAAAGGUUACUAGGAAGAAUUCAUUUCAUUUUAUCUUGCGAAUAGAAUUUUUCAACUGCUUUGAAAUACAGCAGCUCUAAACCUUCAAAAACUGCGCCAAUUAUUUUCUAGUCGGCUUCACAGCCGCGGCUUCUUUGCUUGCACGCCAGCAGCUCUCCUCAUUUUCAGACGCGCUUUCAGAGCAGCUCAAGACCAUCUACCUGGACGAACGGGAGAGGCUGACGCAGGCCCGUGGCGACGGCGACAAGUUCCAGAAGAGGGCGGCCCGCAGUGUUCCCUUCAACGAGAAGAUGAAGGAGAUGCGUCGGGCCUACAACGGCGGCCUCACGGCCAGCACCGCCGCCGCCAACCGCCACAAGAAGCUCUUCGAAGGUGGAAAACGCUGCGAUUGCCUCGACAAGCACUUGCUUCUUCAAUGA